CCACAAUGCACCGCGGAUUGUCACGGCGCCAUCUUUGGAGCUCCGCUCGCUGAGGACACGAGAACGCGCUUUGAUGGUGUUUAUUUUUGUCUUCGCAUCAUUUACGUUUGUUUAACUUCAACCAGACAUUGAGAUGGGGGUGAAGGCGCAGCGUCCUCGCUGCUUUUUUGACAUUGGCAUCAGUAAUGUUCCAUCCGGGCGAGUUGUCAUUGAACUUUUUACUGACAUGUGUCCCAAGACAUGCGAGAACUUCCGCUGUUUGUGCACCGGUGAAAAGGGGAUUGGGAAGACUACCCAGAAACCCUUGCACUACAAAGGAUGUCUGUUCCACAGGAUAGUGAAGGACUUUAUGAUACAAGGAGGAGAUUUCAGUGAAGGAAAUGGCAGAGGCGGUGAAUCCAUAUAUGGAGGUUUCUUCGAAGAUGAAAGUUUUACAAAGAAACACACAGAGGAGUUCCUGCUUUCAAUGGCAAACAGAGGCAAAGACACAAAUGGCUCACAGUUCUUCAUAACUACAAAACCUGCUCCUCACUUGGACGGAAUUCAUGUGGUGUUUGGUCAGGUGAUCUCCGGCCAGGAGGUGAUCCGGAUGAUCGAGAAUCAAAAGACGGAUCCCAACAGCCGACCCUACGCCGAGGUCAAAGUGCUCAAUUGUGGGGAGCUUGUUCCAAAGACUAAAGCAAAGAAGGAGAAAAAGAAGCAUCAGUCUUCCAGCGAGAGCGACGAUUCCUCGGAUAGCUCCUCAGAUUCAAAGGAGUCGGAAAAGGAGGAAAAGAAAAAGCGGAAGAAACACAAGAAAGAACACAAGAAAAAGAAAGAACAGAAGCCUAAAAAAGAGAAGAAAGGGUCUGAUGAGGAACAGGCUGAUGCUGAACCUGUGUCAACUGUCCGCCCAGAGGAAGUCCCGCCCAUUCCUGAAAACCGCUUUCUGCUAAGGCGAAGCCCCCAGCCGGCCAAAGAAGAGGAACCGGGAAAAGAACCGCGCAAGGAGGACUCUGGGAGAGAGCGGCCAAGAGAGAGAGAGCGGGAGAGAGACAGACCCACGACGAACUCGCGGCCAAAUCGCACAAGACUGGUUAUGACCAGGUCAGGGCGGAGAAUUAAGGGACGAGGACCCAGGCGUUAUCGGACGCCUUCUCGGUCUCGUUCACGUUCGUGGGAUCGGUUUCGACGCAGCGAGACGCCUCCACACUGGAGACAAGAAAUGCAAAGGACACACAAAGCAAAACCCAACACAGGUGCCACCCAGGAACGAUGGAUCAAAGGAGACAAAGGGGACAUGUCCGAGGGAAAGACAGAAGCCACUGAGCCAACUAGAGAGAAUAAAAUCGUUGGACAGGAAGAAUCAAAAAAGAACUCUGAAAAAGAAAAGAAAGCGGGAAAGCGUGAUAAAUCACGCAGUGCUUCCAGAGGAAGAGAGAGAAAGCGGGACAGACAUCGCUCAAAGAGCAGGGACCGGGAAGCACGGAAGAAGAGCGACGCUGACGCAGAGAAGAAGAAAGCUCGCAGCCGAAGCAAGAGUAAAGACAAGAAGAGAGAGAAGGAAGACAAGCGCGAUAAAGCCGAUGACAAACGAGGACGCUCCAGCAGCAAAGACAAGAAAGAAAAAGACACGAAAGAACGAAGGAAAGAGGGGGAACGAGAAGACAGAAGCAAGGAAGCAUCCAAACAACAUCCUGAAAGAAGUGAAAAGGAGAAGUCAAAAGAGGUUGAAAAGAAGGAUAACGGUGAGCAGCGUCGCGAUAGAUCGAGAAGCAAAGAACGGGUUCGCAAUGCCACGCGGAGGUCCCGAUCGAGGGGACGAGGACAACGCGGGCAGUCUCGCGACCGAGGGCGUGACAGACGGCGCAGCGGUAGUCGAGAUGGACGAUCGACUCGCAGGUCACGGAGCAGAGAGCGAGAUAGGGCUCGGGAUCGAGGGAGAGAUGCAGAAGACAAAAACAAGAGGAAGAGCGCCGAUGAGUCAAAGAGCAAAGAGACCAGAGGUCGAGACAGGAGCUCCAAAGAACGUUCCUCUCAGAAACAGCGGAGCAGGGAACGAGACGAUCGACAGAGCGCUAACAGAAAGAGAAGGAAGAGCCACAGUGGAAGCAGCGAUUCUGAAAGCGACGGAGAUAAACAGAAGAAGCGAAAACGGAGCGAGAGCCCGAAAUCAAAAGACAGACCUAGCCCGAAAUCAAAAGAGAGAGUGAAGGACAAAUCUAAAAGCCCAAGGAAAGACACAAAGAAAAAGGACUCUGGCUCUAGUGACAGCGACAGUGAUUGAGUCUGCAUGCGAAACUAAAAGAGACAGCUGACAAAUUUUAGUCAUUCUGCAAACUGGACAUCCCCCUCAGGCCUAAAUGCCUGAAGUAUUUUUUUUAACGCCUUGAUACAGACUGCAAAUUCCUCAUUCGUUUUACUGUUUGUCCUGCUUUUAUCUGCUAGCUGGAGUCUUUUAUUUUCCUUCACAAUUUCUCAGCAUAAAUGUUUAGCCAAGUUAAAGGUUCAUUAGUGAAAACGGUUGCUUAAAUAUUAAUUUUAUUUCUUCUGAAAUUUGAUUUUGUUUUAAAGGGGGUUUGUUGGGGACGUGUUUGCAUACCUUGGAGUUUUGUAAGGGCUUUGUGUUUGUAAAGAGAACGUAAUGUAGGUUCUGUUGAAUUUGAGAAAUAAAAAUGAUACUGAACCUAUGA